AUGUUGUCAAGAUCGGCACCCGAAUGCAGACAUGAGGAUCAACAAAUUAUGUAUUCUGAUGUGCGCUUCACUGAGCUCAUCCCAAUGUAUCUUGUGGCUGUGCCUCAGCCAUGUUCACCGUUCUCGUCAACAAUUCAGAGAACUCGUGGGUUUAACGAACUGCUUCUGAUGAAGGAAAUCUGUGCUGAAGCACUUGAACGACUCAACAAUCGCACAGUGCUCACCCCAGAAAGAUAUCGAGAAGUGAUGGAGAUGCGGGAAGAACUUUUGCAUUCAAUAGAUACAAGAAGACUAUCUGAACUUGAUAACAAAAUGAGCGACUCCCCGCCAGUUGACAUAAUGAGCGAAUCGGUUGAUGGGGAAUUGAUUGACGAGAUCGUCGACUAUGAUGUGAUUGUGAUUGGAGCUGGGAUCUCUGGCCUCACCGCCGCCACCGAGAUCACCAAGCGGGCGCCUGAUUUGAAGGUGUUGAUUGUGGAGGCAAAGGGACGAGUCGGCGGUCGAACAUUCACCACAGAGAUCAAGUCAGCGAGAGAGAAAAUGGAUAAAUACGAUCUUGGAGGUCAAUGGAUCGGUCGAACGCAGACUCACAUCCUCGAGGUGAUUCAGGAUCUCGGUUUGGAGACUUUUGAGCAAUUCGACGACGGUUUAAAAUGUGCUCAAUUGGGAACAACGAAAGCGCGCACCUACAGUAGCUCUCUUCCCUCAAGUAGUUUACGCCACUACACAGUGUUCGAAGUGCUCGACUUUGCGAUAAGUACACUGAAAAUCGAGUACUUGAUUCGACGGGUGAAUCUCCUGAAUUUGUUUAAAUGGAAACACGCAAAAGAUCUCGACGAGAUCACCGUUUCGAAAUGGGCAAAAGAGAACUCGAGAACGAGAGCUGUUCAGGAUGCGAUCGAUGUGGCGAUCCGAUCGGUUUACGGAGUUGAAGCGAACAGAUUAAGUAUGCUUUACAAUCUCUACUAUUCGAAGACGGCGGGCGGCUUUUUAAAUCUCUGCGAGGUGAUCGGCGAUGGAGCACAAGCGAUGAGGGUUAAGGGUGGUACUCAACAAAUCAGUGAGAAGUUGGCGCAGCCUUUCAUCGAGAAGAAAACCCUCAAAUUGAACGCCGCUGUCGGACAGAUUAAAGUCAACGAGAAAAGCCUCACAUCAACGGUGCUAAUCUACGACACGAAUGCCGACGAUCCAGCUGAGCUAAUCCCUAUUCGUUGCAAUCGAGUGAUCUUGGCCAUUCCACCGUCCCAAUGUGCACAGAUUCGUUUCACUCCUGAUGUGCCGAAUCUAAAGAAACGACUCUUUCAAUCAGCCACUUCUGGCAAUUUGAUCAAAUUCAUUGCUACUUUUCAAACGGCAUUUUGGAGAGAGAAAGGCUAUUCAGGGGAAAUCGUUUCAACGGGGAGAACAAGUGAAGAGGGAGAGAUUUACCCGAUAAUUUCCACUUAUGAUGCGUGCACAGCUUACGGGAGUCCGGCUAUCGUCGGUUUCAUCGCCGUCGAGUACGCCGAUCAAACGAAAGAGCAACGCUGCAAUGCGGUUGUCAAAGAUUUAAUGCGUUUCCUUGGCGACUCACCGCUCACGCAAUUCGUCGACUACGAAGAGAAGCUUUGGUCUACUGAGCCAUUCGGUGGUGGUUGUCCAGCCGACUAUGCUCCUCCCGGGCAAAUGGACGCUUUCCAAACGAUUCGCGAGCCAUUUCAUACAGUCCAUUUUGCUGCCACGGAAGCGGCCACCCAUUGGGCCGGCUAUAUGAGCGGAGCCGUGCAAUCGGGUAGACGAGCCGCUCACGAGGUUUUACAUGUUUUGGGACGAGACAAUGCGAUCAACUACAACUAUUUGACCGAUUCUGUGUAUGCUGAUAAGUACGAGAGACUGAUUUUACCAUCAUAUGGAUAUAUCGAGAAAUUCUCUCCAUGGUGGCGUCGUGCAUUUUUCUUGUCGAUGUUGUGUCUUGGCGUGUUUGCUUACUCAAAGAAAUACCAGUUAAGCUUGACGGAAAAAGCGAUGAGACCAACUGAACGAACUGUGCUCAGCUGGUUUGGCACCUGGUGGCCA